CCGGUGGCGCUGCCCACCCUACGGAAGCGCGUGUCUCGAUCGAUAGCUCUUUGCUAUCGGCAGUUGAGAGCAAGUCACCUGCUUCGCCGUGUGCAGUAGUACCGUUGAGCUGUGGACGACCGGACGCUCCCCUGUCUUCGAGAAACUUUGGCGUGCAUUUUCUCGGGCCGGUACGCGUGUCGCCGCUCUGGGACAGAGCUCCGGCUCCUGUGUUUCCUUCGUGAUACGACUGUUACGGCAUUCGUGUCCUAGAUGCUGUCGUUGACAGUGGAGUUGUGUAAGAAGAGGAAAUUUAUGUGAAGUACUGCGUAAGCGUUCCAUUUCCUUCUCAAGAAAAACGAUCACACAUCGAACAGGUACAGGAGGCGUCAAGGCUGACCCGCUGACAUCAGUCCUGGCAGCACCAUGUCUUCGGAAUAUCUGUAUCGAAAUAUUGGACAGCACGGCAUUUACAACAUUACACACAUGGGUGAAGAUCUUAAUGCGGCCACCUGGCACAGUGGAGUGCGCCCUUCUGACGAGGGUGCUCCGAACCAGGACUCCGAAAUCGCUCUGGCCAUACUGAGGCAUCUGCAUACAUUCUUCAUCCCACUGCUCAUCGUGCUGGGUUUAAUUGGGAACGGCCUCUCGUUCGUCACGUUCCUCUUCACACGGCUACGCGUACGAGCGUCCAGCUUUUAUUUAGGCACUUUGGCACUGUCCGACUUCGGUUACCUCUUCAUCAUGGCCUUCGUGUGGCUGGACAAACAAGGCAUCAGGGUGCUGAACCAACGCGGAAUGUGCCAGAUCAUCCUGUUCCUGUCGUCUACGUUCAGCUUCUGGUCCGUCUGGCUGACGGUGACCUUCACAGCUGAACGCUGCCUGGCUGUCCAAUGUCCCCUAUGGCGGCUCCAGCUCAGUACCAGAAAUAGAGCACGAAUCACCAUUGUGGCUACAUCUGUGGCGUCACUGCUGCUCAAUUCCUACCUCCUGGUACUCACGGAUGUAGUCGUGCUCGAUAACGGCAAGUCAGAAUGCGAACCGCGGCCAGAAUUCGAACACAUUCUCCACUACACCAACAUCAUGGACACUGUGAUUACCCUCGUCGUUCCUUUCGUGCUCAUCGUGAUCAUGAACUUCAUGAUUGGCCGGGCGCUCUACUUAUUUAACUCUCGGAGAAGGCUGCGCCGUAUCAACAGCUCACAGCUCAUGUCCAAUGAUGUUGCCAAGGACGAGCCUUGCCCCCACUGCACAGGCGGUUCUUCACUUUCAAAUAGCAAUCCUUGCAACAGAGAUUCGAAAAUGCCAACAUCUGACACAGGAAGCGUCUGCAGCCAUAAUAGGCCGCCCCCUCCGCCUCCUCCUGCAGCUGAAAUCCUCCAUCCAAGCCAGCUCAACGUCUUUCGAAUGCUGUUUCUCGUCUGCACGGUAUUCAUCAUCCUCAACCUUCCCAGCUACGUAGUGCGAGUUCACGUCUUUGUGCUCUCCGUCAGCGACAUACAGGUGCCCGAGCACAUCUUCCUGUUGCAGCGCUACUUCAUGUUGCUCUAUUACACGAAUUUUGCUGUGAACAUUGUUCUGUACAACGUGAGUAGCCGCGUAUUUCGCCGAGUGAUGAAGCAGUAUGUCUGGACAAAAUGGCAGAUUAUUUCCGGCAUGUGCCGCAGUCCUUCUGAUUCUGGAUCAAGCGACCUGGGCUCCAUAAAGGACAGCAAACUGGCACGUAACAACGCGAUAUGAUACACGACGUCGUCCCGAGUAGCACGCUAGGAGUCAGGCUACAGGGACAUGUGCAUGAAAAAUGCGCGAAGAUAACCAAUGUUCAAUUUUUUUUCAAUUGUUCAGUUGUGUCAAUGGUUGAAGGCAAACGGACGUGGGAGCAGCACGUGCGCGAGCAUGCGUGUUCAGAUCCAAUGGCCUUCCUCCGGGUAUCACACACUGCAUGAGCCCAAGCCGAACUCCAAGGCCUGCAAGACUCAGGAGCACCAAGGCCAGCUUGUGCGAACAUUGAGGAGAUCCAUCGCUCGUGACGGAUUUUCACCAGCUGCCCCGAAUCUCACCAGCGUGGAAGUUGAGGAGAUUCCUCAACGGUGCGCUCAGUAGCUUCGGUAGUGCUUAGGGCAUGCGCUACAGUCCUCAACGCUGCUCGUGCGUAGAACGCUCGCAAAGCCGCUCAGGACGCCACUCACGAAUUCCCUCAACGUUCAUGCAAGCAGACCCAACCACAACUUCUCAGAUCCAGAAAUCCUUUGACGUAAUACCAGUUGAAGCACUCAAAGGAGCACACUGAGCGGGCAUCCGUUAUACAGCAGCCAUGGCAACAUGGUGGAUUUGUUUCCAGUGAGACAGUGCAUGAGGGAGAGGGGUACCGAGGGAGAGGCCAGCAUUCACCGUUGUGUACCGUGAAAGUGGUCAAUUGUUUGGAGCCUGCACACUGCGCGAGGAAAGGUGCUCGAAACAGGAGCGCGAAAGCGCAGUUUGUCACGUCUAAUGCAGAAACACGACGCCCGUGUCCGUAAUAAAAGGACCGUCCUCUCACCUUUCAUAUGCUUGUUGUUAUAGGAAAAUUUAUUGACGACAACAUGCGCGAAACGCUUGCGUGUGUAUAUACUCUUUCAUAGCGUUGACAUUUCGGUGGUUGCUUUGACGGUGGCUUCUAAGAACUAUUGAGGUUUUUGCACAUUUCCUAGGAGCCCGUGGAGUCAAGUAUCUGUUGUAUGAGCUGUUCAUGAACCGUGUCAUUCCACUGCAGAUGAUGCAAUCGGGCCGUUCGACUAUCUCCGACAUUGUCAAAAAAUUUUGCUUGUAGAGCGCCUCGCGGAUGAGUAAUCAGAGCGGAGUUUCUGGUACCAUUGCAAAAUGGAAAAAGCAAGAAAUGAAAAAAACUAGAACGAAUGAGCGGUCAAGGCAAGAGUAUGACAUUCAGAGGGCUUCUUCCUAGCGUAGUGGUACAGUGCGGAGUCGGCCUUAGAAAUAACAACGUAACUUCAACUUCAAUGUAACCUUAAAGCAACAACAGUGGUCCAGUGAAAAAAAUAAUAAUUUCCUAAUUUGCCGGUGUAAACUUUUAAUCACGUAACGUAAGCAGAUGGAAUCAAAAAUGACGAAAGAUGUAUGCAUAAAUAAAAUUCAAUGAAAAAUGUAAAAUCUUACGCAUCAGUGGCGUCUUUCGUGCUAUUUUCUUGAGAUCGCGGUCUUCACUAGGCCUAACAGGAGUUGCCCUCACGGUCCCGUUUAUUACUUGUUUUCUUGUACGUAUUCCUGAAUAAAAGGAA